GCGAUAUUGGUAAGUCGGUCGUCCGUUCUUAUCCUUCUACCAUACCGCCUUCCUUACAAAAACAUAAUAUCAUUUUCCAAUUUUCAGCAUUUUCUCAUAAUCCUUCGCCCCAUCAAAUGAUAAUCCAAGAAUGUUACAUUAAUCCACGUUUUUGUAUAUACAUACUUCAUCAACCACACCAUUCUUGUCUUCCAACCCCGCCCGUGAACAUACAGCACAACGCGCAUGAUGAUGAACAGGCAGUAAGCUCGCAGCUGUUGGGCUUCUUGUCCAAACUACAUUGAAGUGUGUUUCCUGUUCCUGUUCUUGUUCGUGCAAGAAAACCCAAGAAUUUGUUGUUGUUUCUGGGUUUUGUUUCGUUAUGCUGUCGAGAUCUUGCUUCAAUCUCCUGAACCUCGACGACUACUCGAUUGAUCGGACACGGAUUCCGAGGGUGAUUUCUGUGCCUGGAAUCAUAUCAGAGUUUGAGGAUGUGGGCAAUGCGGAGAGCCCGGAAUCUGAUGCGGUUUCAUCCGUCAGUCAAGAGAGGAGAAUAGUCGUUGCCAAUCGUCUGCCGUUGAAGGCGUGUAGAGAUUCAUCGUCAGACGGUAAAAAAUGGUGGUUUGAUUGGGAUAAAGACGCCCUGGUUUUGCAGCUGAGAGAUGGGUUUCCAUCGGAUGUGGAGGUGGUGUACGUGGGGUGUUUGGGGGUGGAAAUCGAUCCCUCCGAACAAGAAGAGGUGGCCCAAUUGCUGCUUGAUAAGUUCAAAUGUGUGCCAACGUUCUUGCCGUUGGAUUUGAUCAACAAGUUCUAUCAUGGUUUCUGCAAGCACUAUUUGUGGGCUUUGUUUCACUACAUGUUGCCUUUGACACCCAAUCAUGGGGUCAGGUUUGAUAAGGAUAUGUGGCAGGCAUAUGUGUCUGCAAACAAGGUGUUUGCUGAUAAAGUAAUGGAGGUGAUCAAUCCUGAUGAGGAUUAUGUCUGGAUACAUGAUUACCACCUCAUGGUUCUUCCCACUUUCUUGAGGAAAAGAUACCAUAGGAUAAAGCUUGGAUUUUUCUUACAUAGUCCUUUCCCUUCGUCGGAGAUUUAUCGAACAUUGCCUGUUAGGGAGGAGAUUUUGAGGGCCCUUUUGAAUUGUGACCUCAUUGGAUUCCAUACAUUUGAUUAUGCUAGGCAUUUCUUGUCAUGUUGUAGUAGAAUGCUUGGUUUGGAUUAUCAGUCCAAGAGGGGGUACAUAGGAUUGGACUAUUAUGGCAGAACUGUUAGUAUCAAGAUCCUCCCUGUUGGGAUUCACAUGGGACAAAUCAAAUCUGUUAUGUCAUUACCUGACACUGCUGAGAAAAUUAAGGAGCUGAUGAAGAAAUAUCACGGGAAGACUGUUUUUUUAGGUGUAGAUGAUUUGGACAUGUUCAAAGGCAUUAGUUUGAAGUUUAUGGCUUUUGGUCUGCUUUUGGAUGAGAAUCCUAUGUACAGGGGAAAUGUGGUUUUGAUUCAGAUCAUGAAUGCGCCGAGGAGUCGGGGGAAGGAUAUUCAGGAGGUCCAUGAUGAGAUUAACAAGGUUGCAUGUGAGGUUAAUAAGAAAUACGGUGAUGAAGAGUAUCGGCCUAUUGUUUGCAUAAACGGCCCUAUGAGUUUUCAGGAUAAAGUUGCGUAUUAUGCGAUCUCUGAAUGUGUUGUUGUGAAUGCUGUCAGGGAUGGGAUGAAUUUGGUGCCGUAUAAGUACACUGUGGCCAGGCAGGGGAGCCCUGAUUUGGACAAGGCAUUGGGAGUUCCAGAUAGUUCUGGGCCCAAGAAAAGUGUUAUUUUGGUUUCUGAAUUCAUUGGUUGUUCUCCGUCCCUCAGUGGGGCGAUUCGUGUGAAUCCUUGGGAUAUCAAUAAUGUGGCUGAGGCCAUGGUUUCGGGAAUCACGAUGCUCGAUUCUGAGAAAGAAUUGAGACACGAGAAGCAUUACAAGUAUGUUGUAUCCCACGACGUUGCCUACUGGGCUAGGAGUUUCCAUCAGGAUCUUGAGAGGGCUUGUUCUGGGCAUUACAGGAAGAGGUGUUGGGGCAUUGGAUUUGGCUUGAACUUCAGAGUCGUCGCGUUGGGUCCAAAUUUCAGAAAGCUCUCAGUCGAGCACAUUGUUUCUGCUUAUAACAGCACGAAUAGCCGGCUUAUCCUUCUUGACUAUGAUGGCACCAUGAUGCCACCGGAUAGGGUCGACAAAUCUCCAAGCCCUGAAGUUAUUUCAGUCUUGAACAGCUUAUGCAACGAUCCCAAAAAUGUUGUGUUUAUCAUUAGUGGCAGAGGAAAAGAUUCACUUGGCAAGUGGUUCUCUCAGUGUGAAAAGCUUGGGCUGUCUGCAGAACACGGUUACUUCACCAGGUGGAGUGAGAAUUCGAAGUGGGAAUCAUGCGAGUUAGCAGUCAACAUGGACUGGAAGACGAUUGCGUUGCCCGUCAUGGAGCAUUAUACAGAGGCUACUGAUGGUUCAUCAAUAGAGCAGAAGGAAAGUGCUCUUGUUUGGCAUCAUCAAGAAGCCGACCCCGACUUUGGCUUGUGGCAAGCAAAAGAGCUACUUGAUCACCUCGAGAGUGUACUCGCUAACGACCCUGUCGUAGUAAAAAGCGGUCAGCAAAUUGUCGAGGUGAAACCACAGGGCGUGAGCAAAGGCGUAGUCGUAAAGAAUCUAAUGGAAACCAUGAAGAAUACAGGAAAACCAGCAGACUUUGUUCUGUGCAUAGGCGACGACAGGUCCGAUGAGGACAUGUUCGAGGCCAUCUCCAGCUCCAUCACCAGCCGCUCACUACCUGAUACAACAGAAGUUUUCGUCUGCACGGUCGGCCAAAAACCGAGCAUGGCGAAAUACUAUCUCGACGAUACAUUUGAAGUGAUCAAAAUGCUUCAAGGCCUCUCGGCGGUAUCAGCCCAGCAAUCCUCCUCGAAAUCGGGCUUGGCUUGAAGAUGUUACAACACAAAAUGAAGGUUGAUCUAGAAGUAGGGAGAUUGAAACUGUUGCUUUGUACAGAAGAUGGUGUAGUUGCAUGUCAUCUCAUUACAGAUAGAUUCGAAAGUGACUGAGUAGGUUGAUUUUCACCUUAUCCCAUGUUAGGAUAUAAUAAUGUUUUUUGGUUUGUCAGUCUCUUUACAGCACUAAUCUUAUGACAUAGAGGUCCAAAUGCUGGUGAUUAGAUUGAUACGUUUCUAUGUUUGUAUUAGAAGGUAAGCAUGCUUUCCAAACCUUGUCAUCCCUCCACCUUCAUUAAUACAGAUUCUUGCUUUCUUUUGUUGCUGCUA